AUGCCUUUACCUGCUGGAAAGACUAGUAUAAACCAAGGCACACUUACCAUUAACAACUUAAGUCCUGCUGACAACGGUUUUUACGACUGCUUAGCUACUAACAUUAUGGGAACAAAGAAAAAAAGAAUCAACCUAGCAGUUCAAGCGCCUCGUUCAGGUUUGUAUUGAAGGCACCUUCUCACCAUGUAUAUACCUGAUUUAAUAAAAGGUUGCUUUGGCAAUUGGGCACUAAGCUUUAGGCGUACUGAACUUACUGCAAUGAAUUGCUUGAGCGUCCACCAAACAAUAGCUUCCCAGCGCGCAAUUAUACAAUGCCCAAAGCAAGAAUCAGGUACCCUUAGACCAGUAAUGCAAAUCUUCUUAUCCAGCUUGCGAUCUUGGUUAAACACCAAAUAAGAGUGUUAAAACAUUAUGAAAGACAGUUUUUCGAAAGUCUAACUUUGCCACUGCGAGAACUAAACGGCUAUACCGAAAUCUAUCGCAGGCGGAUCUAUUCGAAGACUGCCUUUUUUUCAUUUUUGUUUUUGUUGUUUCUUUGUUUGUUUGUUUGUUUGUUUUUCAGGCAUUCAAAAACCAUCUAAUCACUGCUAAAGCCAGACGAGAGCUACUAUCAUUGCGAGUGUAUGUUGCGCGUACAGAAAUUUGCAACUUAAGCGAAUUAUGCGUGUUUACUAGAGUUUCAACGAUCUUAAAUGCUUAAUCUUUCUUAAAAGCGCGCAAAUCACGUACAUGCAUGCAUACAUGAUAUCUUUAGUCACUUGCAAUGUUACUACUUUUCUCAAUAACAUUUUCUUUUUCUCUUUUUCUAAAUAACAUUCCAAAAACUUUUUACCUGUCCAUAAAAUAAUUGUUUUCAAUUGUCAUUUUAUGGACGUGGACUUUUAAUGCUUAGGUUUUGAAAGCUCAGUCAUUGUGGGAAACAACAGAAAUCACUUGACCUCGUUAAGCAACUGGCUGGCACCUGUGGCAAAAAGCGUUAAUUCUCUUUGGAAGCGCUGUUGGCGUACAUCCGUGGACGGCUGGGCUGCAAGUACAUUUCACUCACGAUGUGACAGCAAGGGCCCGACUGUGACAAUAAUAAGGGUCGGGAGAUAUAUUUUCGGAGGAUACACCAGUAUUUCAUAGGGUAAGUGAGCAUAUAGGCCAUGGCGGUGGCAUUUAUACCUUCGGCGUAAUUGGCAUUGAUAUGUUCAGCUAAAAGUGGAGCUUGGUACUUAGCAAUAUGGAGUCAUGUAACUCUACCUUUCCUACAUGGUUAAGUAGUGGCGUACAAAGCUUCCAGGUUAAUAGCUCUAGAUGCAGGCCCUUAUCCCCUCGUUCCUCAAGGGGCGAGGACCACCCCUCCUACACUCAUAUGAUGUGAAUGAGCGCCACCCCCCACCCCCCACCCUUUCUCUAGAGGUCUGGUUUUGCAGAUGAUAAGUGAUGCAUUUCUAGCCUGUCAAAACGUGCCCAAAUUCCAGGCUACUACUAUUAUAAUAAUUUUGAGGUUAUAAAAUAUCAAUAUUGUUCUGACUUUCUUGCCACCCUGCUAUCUUCCUCCCUCAGAUCCCAUAUUGCAAAAGUAACGACUAACGAACUUCACCACAGGUUUUUGGUGAAAUUCGCAAAUUUUGGCAAAGAAAAAACAAGCUCUUUUGACAUGUCCACGUACGUGAUACACCAAGACGAAGGUUCAUUUCACCGAUCAAACUUUCGUAAUUUCGCCUGAGCGAAAUGUCGCGAAGAGGAUUCUUCUCUUCGGAUUCGAACGAACUUAAUAGACUGAAAUGGGUGACAGAAAUAUAUAAUGUUUUAUACUUUUUCAAGGAUAAAGCUCCUAAAACUCUUUAUUGUCUGUUUCCUUUAUUGUCUUCUUAAUACAGUACCCUUAAAAUCGAACGAAGUAUUAAUGUAAAAAUAAAAGUGUAUUGCGACAUACAACAGUUCAUGUAAAAAAAGGAGCUUCUAGCUUCGGCAAGUGGUAAAAAAGACAAAAACAGAUAAAUUUGGAGAUUUGCUCCAUAAAGUUAUAAGAGAACAUAUAUCAUUAAUUACUAAUUUUUUUCCCCGAUCUGUUGCUUGUAAUUGUAAACCUUUUAAAAUUAACAUCUCCCACAGGCCGACACCUCAGCUUCGGUGAGCUUGCAGCCACAUAAAACUCUCUCCUGAGCGGACGAACCACGCUUGUCAUGAUCAUGAGUAUAGCUGUAUCUUUUACCAAAAUACCUGCACGUAAAUAAUAAUGAAAUAAAAUAAUAUUCAUACUAAUAAUAAUGAUGAAGAUGAUGAUGAUAAUAAUAAUAAUAAUAAUAUAAUAAUAAUAAAAAUAAUAAUAUUGAUAAUGAUAAUGAUGAUAAUAAAGAAGACAGAAACUGAUUUCGUUUUUGAUAAAUGACGAACGUUACUGAGGAACUCGAUCGAAUUUGUUUUAUGAGAAUAAGGUAUUUACUGUUUUUAAUUAAUAAUAAUAAUCAUCGUCAUCAUUAUGACAGGCACAAGGACAACGUCGCUAACUUAUCUUAGAAACGUUUUGUUUCAUUUCUUUUAGCUUCUGGUUCUGGCCGGUAUCAAUACGACUCAAAAGCCUUCUUAUUUUCGCUGGUAAACAAGCCAGGAUGGGCGCCUGUCAAAUUGUCUCAGUCAGGGCAAUAUAGUUCUAGCAAAUAUUCCACAUUCUUUCGCUCAUCCUAUGGGCCUACACUCGGAGGAGGACAUGACAUUCACAUUUCCAACUACGCGUCAUCUAAGAGCAAUUCUUACUGCAACCUUGGCUGGACUUACAGCCCACCGAGCGGGUACAGCCACGACAGCACCUUCGCAGCAGCAUUCCUGGCAGGAACUUACAUGUUCACACCAGACGAAGUUGAAACCUUUUACGAAACAACCUAAUUAAUAUAAUGCCUGGCACCGACUUUGAUAUUUGAGCUGAGAUUAUUGUACAAGUAGACGCUUAGAGGUGAACGAAUCUACAGCACCAAGCAAGCCCCUUAUAUCUAAAUCAGAACACAAUCAUUAGAACGUAUACGACAACAUUUUACAAACAAACGAAAAAUAGAAUAGUCAAAAAGAGAAAUGAUUUUGAUAUCUACAACUGGUCCAACUGCGCAGAUCUUUUUUUACCUGGAUACGAGUCUGGGGGCAGGUAUGCUGUCAUCUGUCAGAAAACAGUUGCUUCCUUAUCAUGAGGGCAAAGAAAUCUCUGCUUCCAAGUAAACAAAGUUGAAAAAAAAAAAAAAAACAUUACAGUGAUAUUUUACUGAACCAGGCUGUCCUCACUGCUUUGUUGCCCAAUGCGA